GACAGUCACGCGAUUCCAUACAGUUCCGGAGCUAGCCGACUUCCAGUUUUGCACCUGAAAAAUUCUCGAGGCUUACCCUCUUCGUUGCGUCAGUUCUUUGCAGUCCUAAAGCCUUUCUAAAGUGUAACUCGUGGCUUACUUGCAUCUAUCUACUCAGCGUUUGCAAGGUCAUUCCCUAAGCAAACGCCCUUAGUACCGCUUUCUUACAAAAUCAUGGCUCCGUAUACGAGGCCUGAGGCCAUCCUCAAGCAGGCCGAGGGCCUGAUUCAAGUCGGCCAAAGCACUACAGCCUUACAAUCUUUAACCGAGGUGUUCUCCACCAAGCGCUUCCGUUCGACCGCCUUGUCAUCUCUGGAGCCAAUAAUGAUCCGUAUAGUCGAACUUUGCGUUGAGAUGAGACGAGGGAGAACAGCGAAAGAAAGUCUCAUGCAAUAUAAGAACAUUGCUCAAAAUUCUUCGGUUCCUUCGAUCGAAAUUGUCAUCAAGAGACUCAUAUCCCAUGCAGACGCCAAGGUUGUUGAGGCACAGGAAAAGGCUGAGAAAGCUAUUGCCGUCGACGUCGACGACCUGGAAGCUAGUGAGACCCCUGAGGAUGUUCUUCUGGGGGCUGUCAGUGGAGACCAAAACAAGGACAGGACGGACAGGGCGCUCGUUACUCCUUGGCUCAAAUUCUCAUGGGAGAGCUACCGUACGGCGUUAGAGACGCUCAAAAACAAUGCUCGUCUAGAAGCAAUUUAUCAGCAAAUUGCACUUCAAGCGUUCAAUUUUGUUUGAAGCAUACCCGAAAAGUUGAAUUCCGGCGCUUAUGCGAAACUCUUCGCUUGCACCUUUCAAAUGUCGCUAAAUACUCUCACCAAACCCACUCUAUCAAUCUUUCGGACCCUGAAACUUUACAACGGCAUUUGGAUACCCGUUUUGCCCAAUUAAAUGCUUCAGU